AUGUCGCGCUACGACGACUACCGCUCCUCCACCGGGACCUUCGAGUCCCGCGACCGCUACGACCGCCGCCAUUCUCGAGGUCCAGCCGUGGCCGAUCGGCCCCGCCAAGUGGAGGACGAGCGCUUCGAGUUCCGCCUGCGCGAGGAAGAUCGAUAUGGCCCUCCUGCCCGCGCCCCAGGCCGGUACUAUGAGGAUGAGCACCUGUCUCAACCAUCUGGCCCCCUGGUGGCGCCUGACCGGCGCCGUCGCCGCGACGGUAGUCCCGCGUUCGCUCGUCCACAGUUAAUUAGGCGACAGUCGUCCCUCGAUACCUUCGAUCGCAUCCCUCGCCGCAAGAUGGAGUCCCUUGAAACUCGCGAUCGCCCCCGGGGUGUCCCCCGUAUGCCUCACCCCGCGCCCCCUCCGCCGCGGGCCUCGCCGGGUCGUUAUCGUGAGCGGGAGGUCUAUGAGGACAUCCGUAUCGCGGAGCCGGACUACUACGGCGAUGAGGAGUUUAGAGAUUUCGGUGAGCGCACAAGUGUGGAUCAACGUCGGCAUCGCUCUAGCAGUGGUGCUCGCUCUCGUCAUGAAGAGAAGCCCUAUCCGCGCAAAGGCAAAACUCGCAUUCCUCGCAAGUGGGUGCAUAUCCAUGCCUUAUUGGAUCUGGGGUACCCGUUCAAGGAGGAUGAUGAUGUAAUUGUCAUUCAGAAAGCCUUAUCCAAGGACCAAAUCGACGAAGUAAUCACCCUGAGCAAGGAGUUCAGACGGCCUGCCGAGCACGAACAUGUGGAAACUGAUUUUCUCCGUGUACCGCGAUCCCCGGUUCGAGCUAUACCCCGUGAGCGGGUCACCACAGAGCAUCUUGUCGUUGAUGCUCACACGCCUCGCCAUGAUACAUACAUCAUCGAGGCGUCACCGCAUCGACACAACAAUUACGACGAAUUCGAAUACGAGGACCGGAUUCAGAGACCACAAUAUCGAGGCAUCUCUCGCCCACGGUCAGUGUCUGUCCAUGCACAUGAACACCGCCGACUCUCAUCGCCAGUGCGACUCGUUGAGCCCCGUGGCUUUAUCGAGGAGCGUAUUGAAUCGCGGCCUCGCAAUUCUGGUCAGUUAGUCUUGAUGCGCCCACGGAGCAGCCACCACGACGACCUCAGUGACUAUGUUCGUGACCUGGAAGACGAGGCCAGGUUCCUGCGAAUGGAGCGACAAGGAGGAUUUGAAGUCACGCGACAGCGUGAGACCGACAUUGUUGACAGUGAUGGCAAUGCGGCUGAAAUUACCGAGGUUCGGCGCUCAGAGCGUAGAGAACCCAGUUCCGGCGUGAUGCGAGCGAUGCUUGCCACUCUCACUUGA